AUGGCUGAACCGGAACAGGACAUCAGGGAGAAGCCAGCAGUCAGAAUUCAGAGCCCCAAAGAAAAUGACUUCAUUGAAAUUGAACUGAAGAGACAAGAACUGAGUUACCAAAAUUUACUAAAAGUGAGUUGCUGUGAACUGGGGAUUAACCCAGAGCAAGUGGAGAAGAUCAGAAAGCUACCAAACACCCUGCUCAGAAAGGACCAAGACAUUCGAAGACUGCGGGACUUUCAGGAAGUAGAACUCAUUUUAAUGAAAAAUGGAAGCUCUGAAUUGACAGAGUAUAUACCAUCUCUGACAGAAAGAUCCUGCUACAAUAGCAAAGCUGCAAAAAUGACUUAUUAA